AUAUUUAUGGAGAAAAGUACAAUCUACUCAACCUGAUUAUGUAACUCUAACCUUAAAUUUUGAUUGGAUUACGUUGGUUCAAAUGUUACCAUAAUACUAUCCCCUUAUACGAGCAAGGAGAGGACCAGUGCGGCACACAGAGGGGAGCCAAAGAAAGAUGGAGGUUGCUGCCGUGGCCAUGCAGAUGAAAGGAGGCGGCAAAACAAUGGAAAUAAGAUGGGCAAGCAGAAGGAUAUCGAAAUUGAAAUCGACAAGAAUUCCCGUUUACAUUUCCGCUAGCCCGUCCCACAUAAACACCCAGCAGCUGAGAGAGCUCUACAGCGCCUGUAAUUACUCUUGUCAUCGAUUCCCGGAGAUAGACCAUAGCGGAAUUGUGGUUGAAGCAGUUGAUUUGAAGAAGCUUUCCGUUGCUCUCUCCCACAGCUCAGUUCUCGUCUCUGUCUUCUGCAAUCCGCGGGAUGUUGUUGAGAAUAAUCAGCAACAACUGAGACAAGAAGAACAAGAACAAGAACAAGACCCUACUCCUCCUCUGAUGGGUUUGGGAAAUUUGUUGCAGAGACUGAUGCCCAAGCCUCUGUCUCUGCCUAAGGUCUCUCCUUCCAACGGUCAACUGGUGGGCUUUGGCCGCGCGGUUUCUGAUUUCGGACUGACUGCUUCCAUCUACGAUGUCAUGGUUAUACCUUCAUUAAGGAGAAUGGGAAUCGGGAAGAUGAUAGUUAAAAGAAUUAUAAGAAUGCUCACAAACAGAGACAUUUAUGAUAUUGGAGCCCUUUGCUCUGCCAAUGAGAGGUUAUUCUUCAAAGCAUGUGGAUUUGGGGAUGACAUAUUGGGUUCCACCACAAUGAUGUAUGCCAGGGCUGUUUCAACUUAUCCCGAAGGUGAUCAGAUGGUUAAAUCUGCAGGUCGAAGACUUCUACUCGUUCCACCGAUCAGAAAGCCCUUUGAACCUUAGAAGAGUGUCAAAUUGUAGAGUUCAGUGCAAGUGCUAAUAUUAGUAGAACAGGAGAGAAAGCAGAGUGUGAAUAUUAAACUUACGGCUGUGGAAACAAUAUCUAAGAAUGGAAGUGAAAAAGGGAACAGCAAACAAGGGGUUGGACUUUUUAGGUGAUUAUCAUUGGCUCCCUUCGUAAUGAAAUAACAUUUUAUCCUUUUAUUUAUUUAAGUAGUUUUUAAAAAUGAGUUUUGCACUUUUGUCUAUACUUAUUAUUGUUCAUACUUCUGAUUUAGGAUUUCUUAAUAAUAAAUUUAAAUAUGAGGCUAGUUGAAUUUAAA